AUGGGCAGUGUGAAACAUCAAUAUCUAGCUGGAAUAUUUGUAAAUAUUGCGACCAUUUCCAAUGGCGCAUAUAUCGGCUGGACUUCGUCCAGUUUUCUGGAGCUAAACAACAGCCCGAGUCCCUUAGCGACGGGUCCACUUACAGAGCAGGAUCAGGGAAAUGUGGCAUCGGCUUUCUGCCUUGGCGCUACAGUUGGUAAUAUAUUCUUCGUAUGGCUGGCCGACAAAAUCGGUCGCAGGAGCUCAAUGCUCUCAAUGCUGUGGGUGGCUGUGCCCUCGCUGCUGGGCUGGAUUGGCAUUCCAUACGCACGAAAUCCCACUCAUCUCAUAGCAGCUCGUUUUUUGGGUGGAUUGGCAGGAGGCGGCUGCUUUGGAGUGAUACCCCUCUACACGGCGGAGCUGGCAGAGGACAGCGUGAGGGGCAUCCUGGGCACUCUGCUGGUGCUCACCUGCAACUUUGGCGUGCUGCUCGCCUUCAUCUUGGGCUACUACUUCAACUAUGCGACAGUCGCCUGGAUUGCCUCCACACUGCCCAUUGUCUUCGUGGGCUGCUUCUGGUUCAUGCCUGAGACUCCGCA